UCGUCGCGCCCGCGUCCGAGCGCAGAGCUCCGGCCCCCGGGAGCCUCCCGGCCGUCGGUGGACCCCGCGGCUCCGCCGCCGGCACGCUCGGCGCCCUGCUCGCGGGGCACAGGGGAGGGCGGCGGCCGGCUGGGGAUGGGUGGCCCGGCGGCGCGGAGGGGCGCCGGGGGGCUCCGCGCGCUGCUCUUGGCGCUGGUGGCCGCGGGGAGCCCCGCGGGCGCCUACAACCUGGACCCGCAGCACCCCGUGCGCUUCCAGGGUCCCGCCGGCUCCUUCUUCGGCUACGCGGUGCUGGAGCACUUCCACGACAACACGCGCUGGGUCCUUGUGGGCGCACCAAAGGCGGAUUCCAAGUACAGCACUUCAGUGAAGUCCCCUGGGGCUGUGUUUAAGUGCCGCAUCCAUACCAACCCUGACCGGAGAUGCACCGAACUGGACAUGGCUCGAGGGAAGAGUCGGGGCACGUCCUGUGGAAAGACCUGCCGGGAAGACCGAGAUGAUGAGUGGAUGGGAGUGAGCCUGGCCCGGCAGCCCAAGGGUGAUGGCCGCGUACUGGCCUGUGCCCACCGCUGGAAGAACAUCUACUACGAGACAGACCACAUCCUGCCCCACGGCUUCUGUUACAUCAUCCCGUCCAACCUCCAGGCCAAAGGCAGGACGCUGAUCCCUUGCUAUGAAGAGUAUAAGAAGAAAUACGGAGAGGAACACGGCUCCUGCCAGGCCGGGAUAGCGGGCUACUUCACUGAGGAGCUGGUGGUGAUGGGUGCCCCAGGGUCCUUUUACUGGGCUGGGACCGUCAAAGUGCUGAACCUCACGGACAACACCUAUUUCAAACUGAACGAUGAAGUGAUCAUGAACAGGAGGUACACUUACCUGGGCUAUGCAGUUACCGCCGGCCACUUUUCUCACGUGUCUACCACUGACGUGGUAGGAGGCGCCCCUCAGGACGAAGGCAUCGGGAAGGUUUAUAUUUUUAGAGCUGACCGAAGAUCAGGCAACUUAAUUAAGAUUUUUCAGGCAUCAGGUAAAAAGAUGGGCUCUUACUUCGGCUCCUCCUUGUGCGCAGUUGAUCUGAACUCGGACGGCCUCUCUGACCUGCUCGUGGGGGCCCCCAUGUUUUCUGAGAUCAGGGAUGAAGGGCAGGUCACCGUCUACAUCAACAGAGGAAAUGGAGCCCUGGAGGAGCAGCUGGCCCUGAGCGGGGAUGGAGCCUACAACGCACACUUUGGGGAGAGCGUCGCCAGCCUGGGGGACCUCGAUGACGACGGGUUCCCAGAUGUGGCCAUUGGCGCACCCAAGGAGGAUGACUUCUCAGGAGCAGUGUACAUCUAUCACGGCGAUGCCAGUGGGAUCGUCCCCCAGUACUCCAUGAAACUGUCAGGGCGGAAGAUAAGUCCGGUCCUGCGGAUGUUUGGUCAGUCCCUAUCAGGAGGCAUUGAUAUGGAUGGAAAUGGCUAUCCCGAUGUAACUAUUGGAGCCUUCAUGUCGGACAGCGUGGUUCUCCUGAGGGCGAGACCCGUCAUCACGGUGGAUGUCUCCAUCUUCCUCCCCACCUCCAUCAACAUCACAGCACCCCAGUGUCACGACGGCCAGCAGCCUGUGAACUGCCUGAAUGUCACUGCCUGCUUUAGCUUCCAUGGCAAGCACGUUCCGGGAGAAAUAGGCCUGAAUUACGUUCUAACGGCUGAUGUGGCCAAAAAAGAAAAAGGCCAGUUGCCCAGGGUCUAUUUUGUGUUGCUGGGAGAGUCCGUGGGUCAGGUCUCAGAGAAGCUGCAGUUGGUUCACUUGGAGGAGACAUGUCAUCACUACAUGGCCCACGUGAAGCGGAGAGUGCAGGACGUCAUCAGCCCCAUCGUGUUUGAGGCUGCCUAUAGCCUGGGUGAGCAUGUGACGGGAGAGGAGGAGAGGGAGCUGCCGGCCCUGAGCCCCGUGCUCCGCUGGAAAAAGGGACAAAAGAUUGCCCAGAAGAAUCAGACUGUGUUUGAGAGGAACUGCCGAUCCGAGGACUGUGCCGCCGACCUGCAGCUUCAGGGUCACCUGUUACUCUCCAGCGUUGAUGAGAAAACCCCUUAUCUAGCUCUGGGGGCUGUGAAGAAUAUCUCCUUAAACAUCUCCAUCUCCAACCUUGGGGAUGAUGCCUAUGAUGCCAAUGUGUCCUUCAACGUUUCCCGGGAGCUCUUCUUCAUCAACAUGUGGCAGAAGGAGGAAACGGGCGUUUCCUGUGAACUGCUGGAAUUGGACUUCCUCAGAUGCAGUGUGGGAUUUCCCUUCAUGAGGUCGAAGGCGAAGUAUGAAUUCAGCGUGAUCUUUGAUACAAGCCACCUGUCUGGGGAAGAGGACGUUCUUAGCUUCAUCGUUGCUGCCCAGAGCGGCAACGUGGAGCGCUCGGAGGCCCUGCACGACAACACCCUCCUGCUGAUGGUGCCACUGAUGCACGAGGUGGACACGUCCAUCACUGGAAUCAUGUCUCCCACCUCCUUUGUGUACGGCGAGUCUGUGGACGCAUCCAGCUUCAUUCAGCUCAAUGACCUGGAGUGUCAUUUCCAGCCUCUCAACGUCACCCUUCAGGUCUAUAACACUGGGCCAAGCACCCUUCCUGGGUCAUCUGUCAGCAUCUCUUUCCCCAAUCGCCUGUCACCUGGAGGAGCAGAGAUGUUUCAUGUGUUGGAGAUGGUGGUGGGCCAAGAGAAGGGAAACUGUUCUUUCCAGAAAAACCCAACCCCCUGCAUCAUCCCUCAAGAACAAGAAAAUAUCUUCCAUACAAUAUUCGCUUUUUUCACAAAGUCGGGAAGAAAAGUCUUGGACUGUGAAAAACCAGGAAUUUCUUGCCUAACAAUGCACUGUAACCUUAGUGCACUAGCUAAAGAAGAAAGUCGUACUAUAGACAUUUACAUGCUGCUGAACACAGAAAUACUGAAGAAGGACAGUUCAUCUGUCAUCCAGUUCAUGACCCGCGCCAAGGUGAAGGUGGACCCCACCCUGAGGGUGGUGGAGGUAGCCAGUGGGAACCCGGAGGAGAUGACGGUGGUCUUCGAGGCGUUGCACAACCUGGAGCCCCGAGGCUACGUGGUGGGGUGGAUCAUCGCCAUCAGCUUGCUGGUGGGGAUCCUCAUCUUCCUGCUGCUGGCUGUGCUGCUCUGGAAGAUGGGCUUCUUUCGCAGAAGGUACAAAGAAAUUAUUGAAGCUGAGAAGAACCGGAAAGAGAAUGAAGACAGUUGGGACUGGGUCCAGAAAAACCAGUGACCUGCCAACCCCCAUCACGUGGCCCAAUGGUUCGCCUGUCGUCCUGAUCUUUGUAUCUUCCAUAUUUGGAAGAAAGAAUCUUCUCCAGAUUUUUCGGAGGCCCCACGAUGCUGUUCUCGUCCUCAUUCUCUCAAGCCCAGGUGCCAACCUGAGGCAGCCACUUCGGCGAGGUCACCUGACUGGAACCGCCACCACUGCCUUUUCCAGCUGAACUCGGAACUUUGGAAAGCCAGCUGCAGAGCUGGGCGAUAUUUAUGGAUGCAACAUGCAUGGUCAACCCUCAGGGGAAAACUGUUACCUAAAAGUAUUUUUAUAAAUAUAAGCCUUUUAUACGAUUAUGUCUUUAUAUUUGUAUCAAUGUUUUAUUAUUUCUAUUAAAUGGUUAUAUAGUUCACUCAAGCACUGAUAUCUGGCCUGAAAUCUUGGAAAUACAUGUACCUUCAUACAAAUGUUAAAGGAUAAAGAUCUUAUUGUACUUUGGAACUUGCUGUUAAAAAAGACUCACAGAUGAAAUCGUCUGAAGAAACCUCAUGUGAUGAAUCCACCGAGCGGGCGGUGCUAUAUAUCAACUGUGGUUGGGGCUGACCCUGAAGACAUUUCACAUCUUUAUUGCCUGGAGUCAAGUGUGAAGCAAUGUGUUAAAGAAC